UUACCCUGCACCACGUACGAAAAGUAGCCUGCUUGCCUUUGUCGUUAACUUUCGCCUUGUCUCUCCACAAUUGAGAGCAGAAAUGAAUGCAAGACAACGCUCGAAUAUCACUCUAGUCCUCGUUUCUCCGCGGGAUGAAGCUAUGAUUGACUAUCCAUUCCAUUUUCCAUACUCAUGAGAAAAUAGCCACCACCAUCUAGCCUGAAUAGACCUAGAUCAUACUGUCUCAGGCCCAUUUUAGAGACCUAGUAACAUUCAGGGGCCUUUUCCAUCCAUACCUGAGUCACAUCGUUCCUGUCUUUACUCGAACGCUCCACUAUCCAUCCCUGGAGUCUUCGUCAUCAGAAUCAAGUUCUCAUGGGGAAUCUCAGAGCAUGAAGAAAGAAUGAGUCUUCCCAAACUAGGAGUACCCGUUUUCGGUCGAGGAGCUACUUUGCACACAGCAACGAAGACCCCUUGUAACAUAUCUCCACCAGAGCCGAAGGGAGCAGAUGAAUCUAUUCCAACCGAAGGAGGUUUGGAAUGGAGGUCUAGGUUCUCCCUGGGAGAAGAGAACGAGAACAGACCAGGCUUUAGGAACGUUGCAUUGUUGGAUCGACCUCUCCUCCUCGCAAUUGUGAUCCAGAGACCUCUGUCAACGGCUAUAAAAGGGUCCCAGCAUCCCGGUCAAGUCAGUCUCUCAUCCAUCCAUCAAUCAUCCAUCACUCCAAAUCAUCACAUCAAGCCUUCCUCACAGUUCUCUUUCAACUCCGAUUUUUUGAAUCACCAAGCCAAAAUGCAGUUCACUAUCACCAAAGUUCUUGCCUUCACCCUCGCGGUGGCCACCGGCGUUUCUGCUGGCGCUGUCUCUGAUUCCCAGGCCAUCAAGAAACAGACUGAGGGCAAGUGCGAUAUUGGCAACGUGUCUUGCUGCAACCCAACCAACGAUGACAAGUCUGAUGGCUUUCUCACCAACCUGCUCGAGUGGGGUGUCAUCGGCAGUCUGGUCAACGGUCAGGGAAGCGCUUGCGCUCCGGUCAACCUCAUUGAUGAGCUUGGUAUUCUGGCCCUCGUCAAGGAUACCCCCGAUGGACCGGUCUGCGAGAAUAUCAUUGCUUGCUGCCCUGGUGAGGGUGCUCAGUGUGUCGCCAUCGGUGACGGCUCUGGCUCUGGCUCCGGCUACAGCGACUAAGCGGGCUCACGUCCCUUGUCUAAAAUACGGUUUCAGUCUCGGUGACUGACAAGCUCGACUCAGGAACAAUAUGACGCAAGCUCAACUCCAGAUCUUGCUCUUUCCCGAGAAAAGUCUUUUUGGGCUGGACCGGUGUCAAUUGGACUCCAUUGUUGUUUAGAUAAAGAUUGCUUUAGAGUAGUUUAUAGUGCAAUUCCUCAUAAGGAAUUGCACUCUAGUUUAGUCUCAAUUUAUAUGUGCUUUUAGUA